GCAACGCACGGUUCACCUUUUACAGUUGCUACCUACCUGACAGGCGAUAAGCAAGCAGCAGUCCGUCAAACGAUACAGGAAUCUCAACAGUGCGGUUACACUCAAGGUGGCAACAAAUAUGAAUGAUUAUGAAGUAGAGGAUGUAGCGCCGUUGCAGAAGGCUUCUCUGAACGAGAAAUGUAUUCUUGUGGACAAGCAGGAUAGACCUGUUGGCGAAGCCACCAAAAAAUUCUGCCACGAGAUUGACAAGGAGGGAUGCGUGCCGCUCCACAGAGCGUUCAGUGUUUAUCUAUUUAACAGCAAGGGCGAUUUGUUACUCCAGAAACGAUCGAGCGUUAAGAUAACUUUCCCAGAUUGCUUUACGAAUACGGUCUGCAGUCAUCCAUUAGCAGAGAUUCCUGAAGAAAUGGAAGAAAAAGAUGCUUUAGGUGUAAAACGAGCCGCGAUAAGAAGGCUCAAUUAUGAACUGGGGAUACCUACCAACGAGGUCAAACCUUCCGAUUUAUUUUAUCUGACAAGAAUUCGUUACCAGGAUGCUAGUUGCGAUUGCUGGGGUGAACAGGAGAUCGCUUAUAUACUAUUUCUGCAACGAGAUAAUAUUACCAUAAAUCCUAAUUCCGACGAAAUAAGCGAGAUUCGAUGGAUACCACGAUCAGAAAUUGAGAAAUUUAUGAAGAGCGCGCCACGACUAACACCAUGGUUUAAUAUGAUUUACAAAUUCAAAUUGUUGCAUUGGUGGGACAAUCUACAUGCUUUAAAUAAAGUGCAAGAUCAUAAAAGUAUACAUAUAUUGACGAAUUAAUGUGUUAUAUGUAGACCUUGUCACUAAAGAGAAAUUUGUCUAAAUGCAUGUUAUACAAGUUUUCUAUUUCAGGAAUUGUUUUAGUCAAUAUGCAUUUAAACAAGUUUUAUUAAAUGAUAAUAAUUUAUAUUACUGGAAACGGAAAAUUAUUAGUUUAAGUUUAUAAGCUUUGUUCAUGUUUGUAUCUAUCUAUAUUUUUGUUUAAAAUGAUAUAAUUUUGAACUCUUGAUAUGUAUUCCAUUUUUUAACUUAAAUAUUUAAGUGCAAUUAGAAAAUUUGCUAUUUGAAAUUUGCUGUUCAAAAAUGUAUCACUAUAAGAACAUUUCUCAGCAUGACAUUAUAAGUGUUUCUCAAAUAAAUCAUUUUUUAGCGUUUAUAUUUGGCAAUAACAGAAGAGAAAUUGAUAAAAAUAAACAAUAUUGUUAUUAAAUGCUAUUCAAAAUUAUUAUUUGUUAUAGUGAUAUUUUGAUUUGUAUUCAAAAAUUUGUACAUUUGCACGUAUAAAAUAUCUUCGAACAAAAAGAAAAAAUUUUUUGUACAAUUUUUAGUGAGACUAACAAGCACACAAUUGUUAACAUCACACAA